AAGACACACAUGGAAGAGGGAUCUUAAAGAAAGGAAGUACAGAGAAGUAAAAAUGAGCAGCUAUGUAAAGAUGGAAUCAACAAGUGGUGGGAAGAUGAAGAUCAUGAAGAAGAAGAAGAAGAAGAAAUCAUCAAGAUCAAUGGAUUUGUCACAUGUCCAAAUCAUUUCCCCCCACAUCAACAACAACUCCCAACAAUCCAACAACAACGAUGACGACGACGACUACGAUGAUGAUCAAAGCAUGAUCAUCAAGGCAAACAUGGUCGUCAAGAACGAAGAAGGCGUGAAGUUAAGUUCGGAGAGUCGUCGUUCCAACGCCGCCAUGGGGUCGGAGACGCUGAGAUUCGAGAAGAAUGCGAACACAAGGGAGUUUUCCGCGAGACGACAUUCCACCUCCGAAAGGUAUUGUCGGGUUCACGACCAGAACGAUCAUGUGCCCCUGUCAUUGGAAGAAGGUGUGCAAGGUGAAGAAGAUGAGGAAGAGGAGUCAUGGAGGAGGAAGACAAAUAAUAAAACCAGUCGCGAGAAGUUUCUAAAUGUCUGCAAACGUUUUUUGAGAUUUUAGUCUUUCAAUACAUCUCACAAUAAUGUCUCUAUUUGAUUUUUUUUCAUUUUUUCAAGACAUUUUGAUCGUUAACGUUUAUAUUUAUACGCCAUAUAAUCUCUCGUCGAAGUGUAUUUGUUUAGUUCAACUUUUUAAGUUAAACAAAAUGAAAUUUAAACUUUAAU